AGCACUGAACACAAUAGUUUAGACUUUUUAAUAAUUAAAUAAACAAAUAUAUUCCUUCCGAAACAAGUCUUCUGAGCAUGCGCAGUGCUAAAGCGGAACUGUCCGUCUGUUUCCCUGGGUUACCAUCAACAACUUCGCUAGCCCACAGUAUCUUUAGUAUGCUAGCGUGGCUUUAGGGUCUCGUGUAUCAUUAUACAUCGGCAAAAAAAAUUGUAUAGAAUAGGUUAUUAAGCUUGAAGAGCAGCACGGGAGGUUAAUAACGUGUUUAGAGGCUAAUUAGCUCGAGCGAAUGAACCCCAGCUAGCAUUUUAGGAAGCUGUUUGCAGCUUUAGGAUGACUGAGCAGGAGUACGGGACUCUUGCUUAUUCAAAAAGUCCGAAAACAUCUAAAAGAACAACAUUUCAGGAUGAACUCCAGGCUGCUGUCUCUGCCAGGGCGAGCAAAGCCAAGACAGAUCAGUACUCCUACUCUGACGACUUCGAAGAAGAUGAAGAUGAUUUUUUAAACAGACUCGUUAAAUUAAGAAAAAAGAAGACAGAUUCUCUCAAAGCUGGGAAGAAUAAAGCCAAAAUCAUUAACAACUUUGACCUCUCAGAUGAUGAAGACAAACACAGGAGGACAAAGAAAGUUUCAUUCCUGAAAACACAAAGAAUCAGCUCUCCCUCCAACGGCACCACUGCGUCAGAGUCACAAGAAAAAAACGAGCCCCUAGACUCACACACGGCUGCACGUGAUAGUUCUAAUGGGUCAGCAUCUUCACAACGCUCCACAGAUGACGCACAGUUUAAAAAUGCUCGUGUGGAUUCAGCUGAUCCUCAGAUCACAAGAGAAAGCUCAAGUAAAUCUCUGUCAUACCAAACAUCAGACGAUACUCUCCUGGACAUGCCUUUACCGUUACCAUCUGACAGCAGCGUGGUGGAAACUCCAGGGCCAGAGCAAAAGAGUGGCUCUACUGCUGAAGAACGCUCACAGACUUCACAGUUAUCAACAUGUGACCUGAACCACACAGCUUCAGCAGAUAGUGUUUCAGAGAGGGAGCCACCAAGACCCAAACCCCGGCAAAGGACCCUCGGAUUGAGCUUUCACACUUCAGAGAAGCCUGCUGAAGACCUUGAGGAUCUCAGCAGGCCUCAGACUUCUUCUAUAUCAAUUCCUCUCUCAACUGAUACAUCUGGCACCAUAGCUUGGACAGAAGGAGACCACACAGUUUCACCCUCUUCAAAUAAGAGUGCACGGUCUGCACUCCUCACAAAGUCCACUGUUGAUUCUGGAUCGAAAGAUGGCUUUAUUUCUGAUGACAGCAAAGAGCAGGAGAGGAACUACUCCACAUCAUUUGAAGAAUUUACUGGAUGCUCAGGAGAUCCCUCAGCUCAUCUCUCUCAUGUCUCUGAGGAAUCUGUUGAAGCAAGGACUUUGAGUUCUCACUCUAAGACCACUCCAAGAUCUCAGAGUGCAUGCUCCAGGAAAGUGGAGUCCAAGUAUUUGGGAUCUCUCAAAGUUCUGGACCGUAAAGUCUCUUUACAAGAGUCUCAGCCACAAGAAGCAGAUUCCCUCCGAGCUGCCAUUUAUCAGGAAUGGCUCAAAAAGAAGAAGGAAAAGUCGAGGCAGAACAUUCAACUGAAGAAGAAAGAGGCUAUGUUGAAAGAAAAAAAGGAAAAGGAAGAGGAGGCAAAAAAAGAAGAUGCUGUUUCGUUCUAUGAGGCUUGGAAGAAAAAGAAGGCAGAAAGCCUCAAAUCUAAGGCAAGAGAGAAGGAAGCUGUGAUUAGAAAAGAACAAAAAGCAGCUGAGGAGAAAGAAGAAAAAAGGCAGACUGCUCAACAGGUGUUUGAGAAAUGGAAACGUGAGCAUGAUCAUCUGCUAAAAGAGAAUCACCGAAAACAAAAGGAGGCUGAAAAUGAAUUGAAGCUUAAAAACAAAGAACAGGAGGAGGCGAGAAAAAGGGACAGCAGGUCUGCCUUUUCUAACUGGUGUGAAAAGAAGAAAGAAGUUAUCGAUGACAAAUUCAUGUCAGAGCGCAAAGAAAUCAAAAAUAAAGCGGAGGAGGAGAAAUACAUGAAGGAAGAAAGAGAUAAAAUGGCUUUAGAGGUGUAUGAAAACUGGCUGGCAAGAAAAGAUCUAGAGCAGAAGAGACGCAGAGAAGAGAGACGGAUACAAGAGAUACUCGGAGACAGCCCACCUCCACCAUGGAGCCCCCCAAAUAAAACCAUACCGUUUCGAAGAUGACGAAUAAAAUGUAACAUAACACC